AUGAGGCUGCCAACGGCCGGCCCCAGCACUGGCCAGACCUGUGGGCUUGUGCUGAUCUCCGCUGUGCUGCUGCAAUCCAUUUGCGUGGCGGUGACUUUCCUUUACUUCACUAAUGAGCUGAAACAGCUCCAGGACACGUAUUCCAAGAGUGGCAUUGCUUGUCUCACUGGGGAAGAUCUGGGAACUUUCAUAAAACAUGUGGAUGUAAAUGAGAAUGAAGAAAGAGAGAGUGACCCCUGCUGGCAACUGAAGUGGCAACUAGGAAAAUUAAUUAAAAAGAUGAUAUCAAGAAACUAUGAAGAAAACAUUUCAUCUGCGGUGAAAGGAACUGAAGAACAGGGAUCUCAGAACCAUGGACACAGAAUAGCAGCUCACUUAACUGGAAGCCGCAAUAAGAAGAGCUCUCUAGCCACAUCAAAUUCCUCAUCCAGAAGAGGUGUUGGGCAGAAAAUAAAUACCUGGGAACCCUCAAGGAAAGACCAUUCAUUCCUCUAUAAUGUGGAGUUGAAAAAUGGGGAGUUAAUCAUACCCAGAACAGGGUUUUAUUACAUCUACUCUCAAACUUACUUUCGAUUCAGCGAACCUGAGAACGAGGAUUCAGAAUCAGAUCCGUUAGCACUAAGCAGAAACCCUAAGCAAAUGGUCCAGUAUGUUUACAAACUGACGACAUAUCCAGAGCCUAUCCUUCUCAUGAAAAGUGCAAGAACUAGCUGCUGGUCUAAAAAGGCAGAAUAUGGACUUUACUCCAUAUAUCAAGGUGGAGUAUUUCAGCUAAAAAGGGAUGAUAAGAUUUUUGUCUCUGUCAGUAACGAGGACAUAGUUGACAUGGACAAAGAAGCAAGUUUUUUUGGAGCCUUUUUGAUCAGCUAAAUGAUUAACAGAAAACCAGACUCCUAAAGGAAUCAUUUUUUAAAUUCUAUAAUCUAAGGUGGCAGAGGAGGGAGGAAGCCACU